UUUUCUCGUGGAACAGUUCUCUUAAGAUACUUUUAUUGUUUGAAUAAUUUUUUUUGUUUGUUUACAUUAUUUAAACCAACUGAGCAGUCCAGAAGAAACUAAAUUACUUAAACGGGUAGGUUUAACCCAACAGAUCGAGGCAGCGAAUAUAACCGGUAGCAAUCAAAAUAAACAGAAAAUCGAAUGCAUCGUUGCCAGAUUCAUUUUGUUUGGGUAUGUUAGUAACCUGGAAACGUAGCAACUGCACGAUACACCCAAGGACACCUUCCUCCCUUCUUUUGAAGGACUCACGGAAUGUAUGGGUGAACCUUUGCACAGCUCACAGGCAGGAAGAUCAUCUGAUAUCCUGAGCACCGACUAAUUGCCUGGAGCCGGCACUUCCCACGUUCUGCCCGUUACAAUCUCUCAGGAAGAGGGGCAGGAGUAGAAAUAGUUGUCUUUGUGAGUUUGACAUAUCUUUAAUUAUAUCAUGUCCGCUGUCACAGUCUGUUUUGGAGGCGAAGGUCGCAAGAUCAAGACUCGCUUGGGCCUGUACCCGGAAAACGAAAUGUUUGUCCCACCAGCCUACUGAACUGUCAGAGAAGCCAACAGGUGGCGGAAGGAAGGGGCUGCCCCAGCUAGAGUAUAGGACAUUUCAUCUACUUUCAUCUUUUUGUUUUUAAUAGGUUAUGUCAGCAGACUUGAUCAUGGGCAGUUUCGUUUUGUGUUUAUGGUUCACCUGACUUGCAGUACAAGAUGGUUUCCUGAUUUCUUUGCUAGGGGAGUGCUUCGAAUUUUAGUGACUUUGCACUGGAAGUGGGAGGGACCUGAGUACCCCUGACGAUUAUGUCUGAACAGGUGUCAUAUCCAGAGAGAUGUAUGUGUUCCUGGAAACGAGGACUAAACUUUCGAUUCGCCAAUGUUGUAUUGCAGGCAAAUGAGUGGACUGCUUACUUUAGAAGGACGAUGUCUUAUCGUCCGCUUUUUUGCGUUGGUCGUCAAAAACAGUACCACCAACGAUGGUGAUGCUAUCAUCACCUCAAUCUAUUUGAGCACCUUGCAAUUAAUUGUUGACUACCCAUGACCCCCCCCCCCAAAAAAAAAAACAACCAACAACAAACAAACUAACAAACAAACAAACAAAAAACCUCAAAGAACAAAUAUCGUAUUGCUUGUAUCUUUCUUGUAACCACAGACAAUAAAAAAAAGAAACCUUCUUCGGGAACGAUAAAUGGACAACUUGUCGUGGUCGUCGUGGACGAGAAGCUGUAUGUUGACAGGUGUAAAAUAACCGGGCACCGCCGUCUGACACACCCCUGUUGACAUUUUUCGCCAACCACCCGGAUUCCACCUUCAUAAAGUCACAUCAUAAAGUCUUUACAAAUGUCUUUAUGUUGGUUUGUGUGGAGACGUGACUAACUUCCAUAGAACAGUGAUCGAACCCUGGUCGACCUUUUUCUUCUUAUUAUAAUCGCAAACGUCUGUUUGUUCCUCUGUACUCAUUAGUGUCUUUUUUUUUUUUUUUUUUUUUUUUUUUUUGUCAUGAGAAGUUUCAAUUUCUGACUUACCCACCUUUGCAUGAGUGUAUAAAUAUCAACACCAACCAAUCAUUGGCACAUUGCGGUGGCUGCUCUCUGAUUUUAAUCAAACCACUCACAUGAUAAACAUGUCAAAGGUCACGACAGUUGCCGGACUUGGGCUGUUCCUCUGUUUCACAGGUAAGUCAGGUAAUCAACCGUUUUCAAAAUGCUUGUUCUACUAUUGUUUGAAAAUAUUGUUUGUGUUUCAAAUAUACAAUAUAAGCAUGUGGAUCUUAAAAAUGUAAAUAUUGUAAAAUGUUGCUCUUGUCUAAACAUUACUGUUAGAAAAAGUAAAACUAAUACUGCAAACAUUUUCGCAUCUGAAUAAAGAGCGGAAAUUAUUAACCGAAUUUCCUCCUGAGCACUUUUCAUGAAAAAUGUUAAAUUGUUUCUCUAAGGUGUACACUUUCAGGGGAAGAUACCUGUCACAUUAUUUUUGUUUUUAGUGAUCGCCUUGGCAGCAGGAGGAGAGUUUUGUGUCAUGUGUUACUACACAAACUGGGCUCAGUACAGGACGGGGGAGGGUCAGUUCUACCCGGAACACAUCUCCGCCAACCUGUGCACCCACGUUAUCUACGCCUUCGGUAACAUAAACCCAUCGCAACUCUCUCUGGAGAAGUCUGAGGAGAACGAUCUUAGCAUGUAUACCCGUGUUGUGGCGCUGAAGAGUCAGAACGCUGGGCUGCGGGUGCUGCUGGCAGUGGGUGGAGCGGGUCGCUCCAUUGAUGCCUUCCGCGCGGCCUGCGAGACACCCGCCACCCGCACCACCUUCGCCAGCAACGUCAUCUCCUUCCUACGGGCCCAACGGCUGGACGGGCUGGAUGUUGACUGGGAGUACCCGGAGGGCUACAAGAGCAAGUUUACCCUUUUGCUGGCUGCACUUCGUUCUGCUUUCGACAACGAAACCGUUGCCACUGGCAGACACAAACUUCUUCUGACUGCUGCAGUGGCGGCGUCCAGGUACAACAUGCAGCAGAGCUACGAGGUGGACCAAAUCCACCUGUACCUUGACUACGUCGGCGUCAUGUCGUACGACUACCACGGGCAUUCCUGGAGCACAGCGCUUGGUCAUAACAGUCCGCUGUACGCCCCCCAGACAGACACCACCGCCUUCAGUCAGAAUACAUCUGUAACCGACUGGAUAGCCGCUGGAAUACCAGCUGACAAACUAGUGAUGGGACUGGCAACUUACGGAAGAACUUACAAGAUGGCGUCACGUGACUUGUCUCGACCUGGCGACAGUUUCUCCACAGGCCAGGGAGGCGAUGCGGGUGCCUUCUCUGGAACUCCAGGCUUUCUGGCAUUCUAUGAGAUCUGUGGCCUACUCGCUGGUGGCGCCUUCAUGCGGGUCUGGGACAACACCAGCAAGGUUCCCUAUGCUUACGGGACCAGAAACGGUCACUGGGAGUGGAUCACCUACGACGACGUCACCAGCAUGACCACCAAGGCUGAGUACAUCGUCAACAGAGGGCUCGGCGGGGCUAUGUUCUGGAACUUGGACUACGACGACUUUGGCCACAACAAGUGCAAGCUAGGCUCGUACCCGCUCAUCAGCACCGUCAGUAAUAAGCUCGCCAACGCCGCCAGGACCACUUCCACCGUGCCGAGAAGCACACCAGCAACAACGACAACGACUAAGACUACAACCACGUUGCUUACUUCGUCGACAGUAACAAUAACAACUGCGAGGAUACCGCCAGAAACUACGACAACGACCGCGACUACAACGAUUACCGCGGCGCCGACUUCAGCAGUCCGCGUCACAUCGACAACCGCUGCAACGACUUUAAGAGGAGCGGAAGCCACAGCAUCGACGAUGAUGCCGACGACUUCUCCAGCAGUGACGAGUGAAAAGGCGCAGCCAACCGUGCCGACAAGGACAGCGGGAUCGACAUCAGAGUCAGCAACAACUACUUAUAACCUGGGAGGCGCUGAUGGACACACGACAUCAACACCAGCGACGAACACCAUCACAGACCAGUCGACUUCUGCAUCAACCACAUCCAGCGAACGCAACAACGCGAGUGUCGUCUUUCCUGGUGCUUGGGUGCUGCUGCCUGUAAUGUCCGUCGCUUUGUUGGUGUGGAUGUGACGAGGCACUUUGUCCUAUGCUGAAUACAUCCGUCCACACGUGCAGACCUUGACAAGAACGUGCGCCCUGACUUCGCGGGACUCUUGUGAAGACACGAGUAGAAAAGUAGAUGAAGACAUUUGCAUAUCACCAACCUGUUCACUUGUAAAUCCUGUAAAUCCUUUCAACUCUUGUUCAGGCACCGACAGGCACAGACAUGUACACACUGACUGACGCACGUGUGCACGCAGUCUGUAUGAAGUACUGACCUCUCCCGACCUCUCUACGUCAUAUACGAACUUUGACCCUCGACAUGAUGGCAGUGGACAGUAAGAAGUCCUGUAACGUGUUUAGGAAUUUUGUUUUAUAUUCACAUGGCUACAC